GCCUGAGCGGGCUGUUGUCCCUCUCUCCCCUCUCUCCCCUCUCUUGUUUCUCUUUCAGCUGAAGCUCGUCUUCCACUCUUUUGUCUGGCCGGCCCCGGACGUCUUUCUUUACUAGUUAGAGAGUCGACACACUCCAGUACAGGUUACUUGGCCAAAACAACAGACCUUGACGACCAUGGGCGAGAACUGGUUCCACCGCGAGUUCCUCAACCCCCGACGGCUUGUCUUCAACCUCUUUUUCUAUGGCGUUCAGCUCUUCUUGUUCGCAUAUGGGUGGUACAGCCAGGAAACGAACAAGAAGCUAGCUGCUUUGAACGGCCUCAAGUGGUCCGUGUGGACCUCUCGCGGUGCUGGUCUCGUACUCGCCUUCGAUGGUGGGAUGAUUCUGGUGCCAAUGUUGCGUAACAUUAUCCGUGUCGUUCGUCCCAGGCUCGCCUGGCUCUUCCCUGCGGACGAGAACAUCUGGUUUCACAGACAAGUCGCGUAUUCGAUGGCAUUCUGGGCUAUGGUUCAUACCACUGCGCACUACGUGAACUUCUUCAACGUGGAACGCACCCAGGUUCGUGCGGAGAGGGCCCUUGAUAUUCAUUACACGCAAGCCGGCGGCAUUACUGGCCAUUUUAUGCUGCUUAUAAUGGUCCUCAUGUACACAACUGCCCACCAUAAGGUCCGCAACCAAUGCUUCGAGGCCUUCUGGUACACCCACCACCUCGCAUUCUUCUUCAUGAUUGGCCUCUACACGCACGCCACUGGAUGCUUCGUCCGCGACUCCACUAACCCUGACUAUAUCAAGACCUUCCCGUUCUACAGCACGGAACACUGUCUUGGCUAUGAAAGCUGGAGAUUCACUAUCUGGCCUGGCAUCAUCUAUUUCGGCGAGCGUAUCUGGCGUGAGAUCCGUGCGCGACGUGCUACUCGCCUGUCGAAGGUUCUGGUCCACCCCAGCGGUGCCAUGGAGUUGCGUAUCGUCAAGCCUACUUUCAAAUACGUUGCCGGUCAAUGGCUCUUCAUCCAGGUCCCCGAUGUCUCUGGUUGGCAAUGGCAUCCGUUCACCAUCACCUCUGCUCCGGAAGAUCCGUACGUAUCCGUGCAUAUCCGUCAAGUCGGCGAUUGGACCCAGGCUCUCGGAGAGCGUGUUGGUGCUAGCCCAUCCGUUGUGGCCGCGAUGACCCAGGAUGCUAUGAAGGGUAAAGAGAAGGACGACUCACUGUAUGGCACACGUGGCAACUUCGUCGAGCUUGACCCCGCUCGCACAACCCGUCCUCUGCCUGUUGUUCGCAUUGAUGGUCCCUACGGUGCCCCAGCUGAGGAUGUUUUCAACGUCGAGGUUGCCGUUCUCGUCGGUGCUGGUAUCGGUGUUACUCCAUUUGCAUCUAUCCUGAAGCAUAUCUGGUACCGUCAGCGCAAGGGUAACGUGGGCUCGCUCAGGCGUGUUGAGUUCUUUUGGGUUUGCCGUGAUGCUCCGUCCUUUGGUUGGUUCCAGAGCUUGCUUCAGGAAGUUGAGGCUGCUCAAGCGGAUCCCAACUUCCUGCGCAUCAACAUCUAUCUCACCCAGAAGAUCAAUGAAGACAUGCUGUGGAACAUUGCUGUGAACGAUGCGGGAGCUGAGUACGAUCCACUCACUCUACUUCGGUCGCGUACUAUGUUCGGCCGCCCCGACUGGAAGUCUAUCUACGGCCGCAUGCGUGACGCCAUUGAAACCGGCCAGUACCUGCCAGGUACUAACGCUCAACUCAAGACCAGAGUCGGGACAUACUUUUGUGGCCCAAGCGUCCUCGCCAAGGCUGUUAAGGAAGCUUGUGAUGCCACAACCACGUCUAACAUCAACUUCGCGUUCGCAAAGGAGCACUUCUGAGCAUCAACUCGAACAUCCCCGGAGGAAGACGGUUGUCAGAGCGUGACCAGGUCGCUUUAUCUAUCGCAUCUCCAAUGCUUUAGGUGUAUUACUAUGUGUGGUGUUGUUGGGCUUGGCUGAGUACGCUGUUGAAUUUGAACUUUGAUCCACGCUGAGAAAUGAGCGUGAGCAGUCAUAUGUUAUGUUGGGCGUAGCACGCGCGACCAUGGUCGGGCCUGAAUAAAGUUGUCGUGCAUUGAUCAGCUUGCACACGC